CACCAAUGAAAACUAUGGCAGAGUGGUUCUUAAUCAGUAUAAAUCACAAGAGAACUUGCACAGGAACAUGGAAGCGGAGGAUGAUGAGAAAACUAUUCUUAAUCGAUACAGAUCUGAUACUACUUUAGACAGGAUUCCUGGCAGAAGUGAUACUAAUAAGGUAAACACCUCGCCUGUCUUAGACAGCAGGACAAAUAAGAGGCACCAAGAUAUAGAUGAUUUUAUCAAAGUGAAUCAUACCUCUAAAUGGGAAGAGAAGUGCCACGACUUGGACAACCUGAUUGAAGUCAAAGAUGACAACAGCAAGGAGGGAUCCCAAGACCUAAACAAUCUCAUCACAGUGAAUCAUAUGUCUAAUCAGCUAAGAAAGGACGGAUAUCAGGAUGUGGAGGAUCUCAUUGAAGUGAAUCGUAUAUCAAACCAGAAAGGCAGAUACUCUGAUCUGGACAGUUUCAUUGAAGUCCAAGAUAAAAGCAAUCAAAGGGCUAUUAUUGACAAAGAAUUGUGUACCUAUUGCCGGAAGCCAUUGGGCACUGAUACUAAAAUGAUUCUCGAAGCUCUAAAUAUUUGCUGUCAUGCAACUUGUUUCAAGUGUGAAAUCUGCAACGCAACUUUAGAAAACUUGGAGGCAGGAGAUAGUAUCUGGAUUUACAAGAACAUAGUGCACUGUUCACCAUGUUAUUCUAAAGUUAAAGCCAGAUGGACUUACUAAUCAUUAAUGAACUCUGAUGAAACAUUCUCAGAUAUUCCAGCUAUCUUUAUUUGUAUCUGAAAGUUGUAUUCUUUUUAGAAUAAGAUAUUUUGAAAAUCCACAUUUGGCAUUUGAGCAUAAAAUAAGAUUAUGUCUAAAUGAAAAAUAACAUAUGUACUUCGAAUGUUCCUAGAUGCUUUCAUUGUUAUCAAGAGAAAUGUCUACAAUUGUAGCAUUAUAUUGAAUAAGGACGCAAAGUGUUGUACUGUAAAUACAGCAUAUGAAGAUAACCAUCUCUGCUUAACAUAUUCUGUUUUGUGUUCAUGCAUUGAAAAUUCACAUGUAAGUGUUCAUCGUAUAGAUAGAAAUUUCUUCUUUAGCUGCAGCAAUUCUUAAGAGUUAGAGAUUCUGCAACUUUUGUUGGGACUGUUGAUUUUGAGAGGCACCAAAUCACCACGAAAGCUGCCAGAAAACAAGCAAGAUGAAAUGAAGUGGAGUCCAUGCUUUUAAGAACCAUUGUUUUCCUAUUAUUAAUGAUCCCUAGAUGUUGACUCUGCUUCAAUUCACCUCCAUUCAUACUGUAGCUCUGUGGAAGAGAACAUUGGGGUGGGGUGUCAAUCUAUUUUCCAAACCAACUGAAAGCAGGACAAGAAGCAAUGGAUGGAAAGUAAUCAAGGAGAGAAUC